GAUGGGAGGAGGAGGCCGCGCCAACGGUUUGGAGGAGACAUUCUGCAGCAUGAGGCUCAAGGAGAACAUCCGCGACCCUUCUAACGCCGACUUCUACAGCCCUCAGGCUGGCCGCGUUUCCGUCGUCAACAGCGGCACCCUCCCCAUCCUCAGCGCUCUCCGCCUCAGCGCCGAGCAUGGCGUCCUUUAUAACAAUGCCAUAUACAGUCCAUACUGGAACCUCAACGCGAACGAACUUGUAUACGUGAUCAGAGGCAAUGCUAGGGUUCAGGUGGUGAACGAGAACGGAGACGCCAUCUUGGACGACCAGGUCAACGAGGGACAGGUGUUCUUGAUUCCCCAGAACCACGCCGUCAUCACCCAGGCAGGCAACCAGGGAUUCGAGUACAUUUCCUUCAGGACGAAUGACUUGGCCCUCAUUAACACCAUGGCAGGGAGGACUGCCGUGUUGAGGGCGAUCCCGGAGGAUGUGCUUCGCAAUGCCUUCCAGAUUGACCGCCAACAGGUCAGGGAAUCUCAAGAACAACAGGCAGGAGACCCGAGUGUUGAGUGCCAGCUCUUCUUCCUCACGCCGACCAUGGUCGAUCAUGGCAUGAAUGUGAUGAGAUAACCUAAAAUCUACCAAAUGCGGCACGUAGUGUUUUGUUUUUUGGGGUUUUCUAGUAACAAAUAAAGGUAGGUAGAGAGACUAGGAGAAAUAACAGGCCUUAUAAAUGGCUGUAUGUAUUAGGGCUAAAAGGAGCGUGAGCUUAGCUUGUAAUAAGUAAAUAAAUGCUACGUGGAGGCUUAUGCAUGUAAUAAUCUAGCUUAUCUAAAUAAAUUUUCCUUCAUGUGCA